AGGCUCGGACGCCUGCCUCUCCCAGCCCUCGUCCGCGCACGCUGCCCAAUCCGGGCUGGCGCCAAUGCACCUCCAGGCUGGACCAGCCGUGGGCUACGCUGGCGGCGUCGGACCACGCACCCGGGCCGUGGGCUACGGCGCUGGCAGCGCCCACGGCGGCCUGGGCUACGCUGGCGGCGCCUAUGGCGCCGGCGUGCACGGCGCGACGUGCGCCGACGCGUGUUGCGGCCCCGUCGCCGACGCGGCGUGUGCCGAGGCGUGCGGCUGCGGCGCCACCGGCUGCGCGGGCGGCUCGUGCUGCGGGGGGGGAGGAGGCACGAUCCUGAGCUACGUGGGCCCAGGGGGCGACUACGUGCAGGAGACAACCUACAGGUACGUGGGCCCUUUCAUGGGCGAGUUCGGCCUCAUUCGCAUCCCAGGGCGCGGCCCCAGCUGCUGCUGCGUGCUGGUCCCGCUGCUGCUGCUGCCCCUGCUGUUGCUCCCGCUGCUCCUGUUCUCGCUCGCCCCCGGGAGCACCACGACAUCCACCACGACCACGACCACACCGUUCGUGCCCCCUGUGACAGCCCCGCCAGAAAUGACGUUCACGACGACGACGACGACCAAGAGGCCGCUGCCUCCGCCCCCGCCUCCCCCGCCGCCGCCCCCGCCGCCGCCCCCUCCCCCGCCCCCGCCCCCGCCGCCGCCGCCCACGACCACGGAGAAGCGAAUCAGCUGCGGAGAAGGCGCCCCGGAGUCGUGGGACGAGGCCAAGAAGGUCCAGUGUUGCCUGAUGGAGAACAAGGGGUGCCCCACCACAUCCACCUCAGCAUGCCCCAUCGACUGCAAUGCGGGAUACAACGACCUCGACCCGCUCCAGUGGGUGCGCGGCUGGUCUGGCGAGAAGAAGCUCUAUCCUGGCGGACCGCCCAUAAGGGGUGCCCCUCGGAGCUCCCGCCGCCCUCGGGAGAGCCGCCGUCGGGCCUGCCGCCCGCCCCCGACACCAACGUGUACGACUGCGACGCCGGCUACCACCAUUGCAUGCACUGCCUGGAGAGCUGGCCUGGUCCCCCGCGAAGAUCAGCUAUUGUUGCAGACUCUUCCACAAGGGCUGCGCGGGCGAGGAGCCACCCUGAGCGGGCUGCUCGGCUGGAAGGUCGGCUCCGCGCCAUGCGCGGCUGUGCGGCCCUGCGACCCUCAAGGUCUCUCUCUCUCUAUUUAUUGUUUGUUAUCUUAUUUGUUGUUCGUUCUCUCUCUCUCUCUCUUUCUAUCUUCAUUUCUCUUUCUUUUUCGCUUUCUUUCUUUCUUUCUUUUUUUUUUUCUCUCUCUCUCUCUCUCUGUUUCGCAGCAUGCCGCUGUAAAGGUAUCGCGCGCAGCUGCUGCUGCUGCUGCUGCUGCUGCGGCUUCAUGUGUACGCUGCUAAUGUCCGCCUGGAGAAGGCACGGCGGGCCGGCGCUCAUCGCCAGGGCAGUCGCUCCCGAUUGCGGCACGCGCGCGGCGAAGCUGCCUGCGUGUGCUCGGCGAGCAUGCUGCAUGGUGACUGUGAGAGGGCUAGCUCGUGAAGUUAAGAGCGGCACGGCAAACAGCCAGGCACUGUCGAAGCAUCCUGGUAUUGUUGUAGGCCCACGAAAAAGGCUCU